AUGCGAUAUGACAUACAACGAAACCUCCCGACCGUGCAAACUUGCUGAUUUCGGCUACAUUUGCUAGUUUAUAGUUUCAGAAAUUAAUCGGACCCGGUUCAAGACUACGAGUUAUGAAAAAACGUGCCUAAAAGGGAGAAACUCAAGAUGCCAACAAGUUUGGAAGAGAUUUUGAAAGAGGGAGACAGGAUCCCGACGAGCGAGGAGAUUGCCGAAGAGCUGACCAAAGAUCUCGAGGCGGAUUGCACCCUGGCCGAAGGGGCCCAGGCAGACGAACCUCAAGACACUCGAGAACCCGAGACCCAGGGGAAACCCAAAGACGACGACCUGAUCGAUGAAGACGAACUGAAGAAAAAAGACACAAAAUAUUCCGAAGAUGACAGGCAGAAAUAUAAAAAGGAGGCAGAAGCAUUAAAAUUGAAGGGGAACGAUCAAUUCAAAGCUAAAGAAUUCAAGGAAGCUGCUCUGACAUACACACUAGCUUUGCGAACAUGUCCAUACAGUAUUUCAAAAGACAGAUCAGUACUCUAUGCAAAUAGAGCUGCUGCAAAAGUUAAAUUGGGCCUAACUGAAUCUGCGAUAGAAGACUGUAGCAAAGCUUUAGAGUUAGAUGAUCAUUAUUUAAAAGCAUAUUUAAGAAGAGCUCAGUUAUAUGAGGAGAGUGAUAAACUAGAUGAGGCGUUAGCAGACUACAAAAAGAUCCUUGAGUUUGAUCCUACCAAUAAAGAUGCCUUAGAAGGAAAUUUUAGGCUACCACCUAUUAUCAAUGAGAGGAAUGAAAAACUCAAAACUGAAAUGUUAGGAAAAUUAAAGGACCUGGGAAACAUAAUUCUAAAACCAUUCGGCCUUUCAACAAACAACUUUCAAAUGGUUCAAGACCCAAAUUCGGGCGGUUACUCGAUUAAUUUCAAAAAGUAACCCAUUUUUUUUAAUUUUUGUACAUAAAUGUUAAUGACAUAUUUAUUUUUCUUUGUUGUUAAAAAAAAAAAAAAAUUAAUUCAAAAGUAAAUUUUCUUUUAUAAAUUGUACAGCUGUUGUCUGUUCAAAUUCUUUGAUUUGAAAUUCAUGUAUCAACAUUUAUACAAGCAUAACACUAUUAUUUACGUACACGUUUGAAAUGGUCUAGCCGUGCAAUAAUCUAUUGUGAGCAAAAUGGGUAGCACAAGAGAUAUGAUUAUCAGCUUUGUCGAAGGUUCAUGUGAGGACAGAAAUGCAACAUCAACAAAAGCUGGAUUAGUAGAUAAAGUCUGGUUGAUUUCCCGCCCUCCAGAGGGUCUGAAUGCAAGACUGCCUUUGGUUUCGGCCUUUAGAUUAAACUUAGAAAGGCAAAAAGGCUAUUCUGUAGAAGAAGAGAUAAAGCCCAAAGUCAAAUGGGACGACUUUUGUGCAGACUUACCACCAGACAAGGAAGGCGGCUGGUGCAACUGGUACAAAGUUGACGGGCCGUGUGAAAAGUAUGACAAACAAUUAGGUAAAGGUUCAGAAAAGGCUUCAUCCGAAAAAAACAGCAGAUCUCUAAAGAAGAAAAACAAACCUACUUGAGCAUACUACAUGUGACACACAAGAUAAUACACAAUACAUGUUCCAUUUCUUACCAUUUUGUAUUUACUACACAAAUAAAUUUGUUUAAAAGUGUCUUUUGUUUAUAA